CUUUAUGUCUCAAUCUAGAAUGUGCUUCUCUAUGAUUUAGCAAUUAUUUCACCUAUUUCAGUAGGUAACAUCGUCGAACAUUUUUCUUUGUAGAACGUAGUGUAUAAAUACUCUUUGUUUCUCUGACUUGUUGAUACUUACCUAAUUAUUUUCUAUCAUCAUAACUAAACCUAACUCACCAAGACAUCUAAUUAAGUUUUAUUAUAUAGACUUUGUUUUAACUGUGCAAUAAAGUUUAUAUUUGUGAGACAAAUUAAGUGUUUGGAGUAGGUGAUAAUAACACAACAAUUUUAUUCUGCAGAACGAAGUGUGAUUAUAACCAUUUAAAUUUAAAAACAUAGGUUAUUCCAUCCUAAUAAAUAAAUAUGACGACUGCUGCAAGACCUACUUUUGAUCCUGCACGGGGAGGUACAGGACGAGGUGAAAAAGAUCUUAGUGCAAUAUCUCGUCAGUAUUCUAGUAGAGAUCUUCCUGGACACACUAAAUUGAAAUACAGAGAACAAGGACAAGGUACCACAGAUGAAUUGCGCUCAAGGGAUUUCCGUAAGGAGUUGGAUGAAAGAGAGAAGGAAGUGAAAAGUUCCAGUGCAAGAAGACCCCUUGAGCCCCCUACUAAGAGAUCUAAAGUAGACCAGGUUCCAGCAGCCAGCUUGGAUGCUGAUGAUCCUCUUGAAGGAGACUCAUCUGACUCUGAUGAUUCCGAUGAUGACACUGCAGCCUUGCUAGCAGAGUUAAAUAAAAUUAAAAAAGAAAGAGCCAUAGAACAAGCUAAAAAGGAAGCUGAACGAAAACAAGAAGAAGAGAGGAUUCGCAUGGAAAAUAUCCUAUCUGGAAAUCCAUUGCUGAAUUAUUCAUCAUCAGGACAAAAAAAUGACAUGAAGGUUAAAAGACGUUGGGAUGACGAUGUUGUUUUCAAAAAUUGUGCUCGUUCCGAACCUGAGAAGAAAGGCAACACAUUCAUAAACGAUUCAUUAAGAUCAGAAUUUCACAAGAAAUUCAUGGAAAAAUAUGUGAAAUAGUGAAAAAUAAUCAUUAUAAUUGAUUUAGGUUAAUUUCUAUUAUAAAUUGAGAAUAAAGUUGACUGUAAGAAUAUUUUUAAACAAGAAGUUGUUUAGAAUGUGAGUGUCACAUGGUUUUUUUUUCGUUUUAGAAUUUUGGUUGCAAUUUCAUAUUCACACACUUCAUUCAUCACAGACUUAUUAUGCAAUUAUAAGUUAAUGUUACAUUAAAUAGAAAAUAAGUGUAGGAAGUCAAACAGGAUGCUAAACCAUUACCUUUGUUAAUGCUUCACAACAAUCUUUAAUAUUUCAAUUUUGUAACACAUGAGUACCUCCAUAAGAUAAUAAUUAUGUAAAGGGCUAUAUCUUGAGAAUUUGUUACAUAAUAAAAGUAUUAUGUUUCCA